GCAACACAGCCACGCCACCUUGCACGGGACGGAAGUUUUCAUCUCAGCACUUUGGAUGAAAUCCAGGAAGCAAGUCAAGGAAGCAUGAAAUGAUUCUUCAAAAAGAGCUGAAUGUUUUUAAAUGCGUUGGUUUGGCUGGAAUUAAGAGUAAAACAUAUCUUCAAAAUCUAUGUUUUGGUUCAUCAACGAGAAAUAAAGACAAGCAGACAAGCAGUCGAUCUCUCAAUGGUCAUCAGGACAGUAAAGUCUUUGGUGGAGAACAAUUUGAACCAGACUACAGCUGCGUAAAAUUAACUGGAAAUUGGGAACAUGAAUGCAAAACAGCUGUGCUCAACAACAUGCUUGUGUUCCGAAACUUCAUCUCUGAGGCCGAGGAAGAAGGCAUCAUGGCAGAAAUCGGUCCGUAUCUGCGAAGGAUGAGAUACGAAUUCGAUCAUUGGGAUGAUGCGAUUCACGGAUUCCGGGAGACGGAGCGGCUCCACUGGCUUCCGCAGAACGAGCGGGUGCUAGAGCGGGUGCGGCACCUCGCGAUGCCACCCGGCACACCUCCGCUGAAGCACGUCCAUGUGCUGGACCUGGCCGCCGACGGCGUCAUCAAGCCGCACGUCGACAGCGUCCGGUUUUGUGGCAGCGUUAUCGCGGGCGUCAGCCUGCUGUCGGACGCCGUGCUGAGACUGGUGAGCUGCGCAGAGCCGACGCGCUGUCUGGACGCGCUGCUGCCGCGGCGCUCGCUCUACAUAAUGCGGCACACGGCGCGCUACGACUACACGCACGAAGUGCUGUCAGAAGCGGAGUCGCGUUUCGCCGGCCAGUUGGUGCCGAGGCGCCGACGGAUCUCCAUCAUCUGCCGCAACGAGCCAGCGCCGGCCGCCGCCGACCAGUGACCGGGCCCCGGGGCACCCUCGGGCCACGGUCUCGCAGACCCCCGCCGUCGGGCCUCACGACGGGGGUGUCUGGCCUCACUUAUCUACGCGGGCCGGGCCACGCCGGUGCCACACGGCGCGCCCGAACCCGCGGAGAUGUGUAGAUGAUGGUGGUCUGGUAGGUGGAUGACGACGGUACCAGGGGGGUGCCAGUCCCCCGGCGCCACCGGAACGGCUGCGAGACGGCGGGGCCGCAGGGCGCCAGCACCACGGCACCCCGCACGUCGGGGGCAGUUCGGACUCCAUUUGGUUUGCUUGUGCAGCUUGCGGGCCGCACAUGCCUGGGGUCGGCCAUGGCUGGCCUUCCCCCCACCGUCCACCGCGGGGAGGCGGAGUCCUCUGGACGGACAACAACAACAACCAGUGACCGGGCCGCCGCCGGUUUAGCGCUCUCGUCUUCGUUAUCGCUGUUUCGGGUGCCGUUGUGAUUGGUUUCGUGUGCUGUUGUGACUCUCCGAAUGGAUAGCCUUAGAAAGAUGCGUGAAACGGCAAUUGCAUGCUUUCAAGAAUAUAUAAACCUAAUGCAUA